UGAAACCCACUCUGCUCUAAAAUCAAUCCCCCUACCCCCUCUUUUUCUUCUUUCCCUGUCACCCUCUCCCCCCCUCUCUCUCUCCUUCUCUCCCUCUCUCUAGCUAUACUCUAUUCUCCACACCACAACCCAAAGCAAAAAUACAGAGAUAUGGGUGUGAGACUGAUGAGCUUUUCUUUUGUAUAAUGAGCAGAGGACUAAAACCUCUUCUUCUUAGAAGAAGAUGGCAAUGAAACAAAAUGAGCAAAACCACCAAGAACAACAGCAACAACAAACCCAUUCACUUUUGUUGGAUGCUUUGUUGUGUGAAGAGGAGAAAUGGGAGGAGGAUGAAGGAGAAGUAGUGCAAGAUUCUUUAGAGGAAGUGACCAGUGAGAACUACAAGAAUGACAUUAAUGGGCACAACCCAGCCUGCCCUUCUCUGUUUCCCCUGCUCUUGUUGGAACAAGAUCUGUUCUGGGAAGAUGAAGAGCUUGUCUCUCUCUUCUCCAAAGAAGAGCAGCAGCAGACCCAUUUCAUCAAACACUUGGAGGACAUGGGAAACGAAGCACCAGAGCACUCUUUGAUCUCUGCGGCUCGUCGUGAAGCUGUCUUGUGGAUGCUCAAAGUCAAUGCCCAUUAUGGGUUCACUGCUCUCACUGCAAUCCUAGCCAUUAACUACUUUGACAGGUUCAUCUCCAGCCUCCAUUUUCAGAGGGACAAGCCAUGGAUGGUGCAGCUUGUGGCUGUCACCUGUCUCUCCUUGGCAGCCAAAGUGGAAGAAACCCAAGUGCCUCUUCUUCUAGACCUUCAAGUGGAGGACACAAAGUAUGUGUUUGAGGCCAAAACGAUUCAAAGAAUGGAGCUUUUGGUGCUCUCAACUCUCCAAUGGAAGAUGCACCCAGUGACCCCACUUUCAUUCCUCGACCACAUCAUAAGGAGGCUUGGAUUGAAAACCCUUCUCCACUGGGAGUUUCUCAAGCGCUGUGAGCGUCUUCUUCUCUCUGUGGUCUUUGAUUCAAGAUUCAUUGGUUAUUUGCCGUCUGUGUUGGCCACUGCAACAAUGAUGCGCGUUAUAGACCAUGUUGAGCCUUGUAAUGCCAUGGAAUAUCAAAACCAGCUUCUGGGUGUUCUCAAAAUAAGCAAGGAAAAGGUGUAUGAUUGUUACAGUCUCAUUCUCGAGCUGUCCAAGGCCUAUGAUUGUGGCUACAACAAUCCCCACAAGCGCAAGCAUGAACAAAUCCCAGGCAGCCCAAGUGGGGUAAUUGAUGCGUAUUUCAGCUAUGAUGAAAGCUCAAAUGAUUCUUGGGCAUUGGGCUCAUCAAUUUCUUCAUCCCCGGAGCCACUCCUCAAGAGGAGCAGAGCAGCAGAGAAGGACCAACAGAUGAAAAUGGCGUCACUCAACAGGCUCUUUGUGGGCAUUGUGGGUAGCCCUCCUUAAUAAAACCAUCAUCAAUUUAUCUUCCUCUCUCAAGAAAAACACAAAAAAAAAAUUGAAGUUCAAAAACUCCAUGUCUGUUAUGGUAAUUUCUCUUUUGGUGCAAAAUCUAAAGUGCUGUGCUGCUGCUGCUGCCAUACAUGCAUAGUUUCUGUGCCUUAAUUUUCCAAACAAUGCCCGCAAUUCUACAGUCAUGUACUGGAGAAUUGGAGAUGAUGGAGUUUGUUAUUGAUGGCAAUUUGGCAAUUCACAGCAAAGAGGAGGGACAAGAUUGGAAAGUUAAGAAUUACUCUCUACAUUGAAGUCUGCUUCUCUGUAUAUUUUGAAAUAUGGAGAACUCUUAUAUAUUUCCAUAUAUCUCUAUAUAAGUCUCUCUUUGGCCCAUUUGGACAUAUUAUAUUAAUAAAUAAAUUUAAACACCAA